CUCUACCACUCUCUCUCUGGGCCCACAAAUGAGUGCAUGCACAAGAGGGAGUGUGCUAUAACUCUCAUGCACCAUCUCUCUCUUCUUCUUCCUCACUUUACUCUCAUGACACAUGAGGGCAUAUAAGGCAUGAAGGUGUUCAAGGGCAAGAUUAGGGCAGCCAUAGGAUCACUCAUGGACCACGCGGGCACGGCAUCCACCAAUGCUUCAUCGGCUGCCAUCCCGGACCGGGCUCUCCUCGCCGACAUCGAGACUGCCAUCGAGCGGAGCACUGGCAGCGGCGGCGGGGGCCACGACGACCGGCACGUCCAUGAGAUCCUCUUCCUCGUCUCCAACGCGCCUGGCGCGAUCACCUUCCUCUCCCGACGCAUCACGGCGCGCCUCGAAGCCGCGCGCGCCCCGGCCGCCGCACUCCGGUCGCUCCUCCUCGUCCACCGCCUCCUCCGCGCCGGCGACCGCUACUUCGAGCAGGACCUCCGAAGCCUCUGGGCGUCCCGGGACCUCCGCGUCGGCGCACCCCGGUGCAGCUGCUCGCCACUCGCCGCCGGCGUCGACUACGUCAACGCCGGCGCCGCGGCCGCCACGGGCGCUUGCGCCUUCGUCCACGGCUACUCGGCCUACCUCGAGGAGCGCAUGCAGUGGGUGAUCAACCAAGCCGGCAACCUGGAGCCCGCGCGGCCUUCGCCGCCACCUCACCACGACGGCAAGCUCCCGCAUCCUCCCUCCUCUUCCCACGACGCCGACGUGGAGACGCUCCUCUUCAAGCUCGCCAUGUGCCAGAGGCUGCUCGACCUCACCAUCCAGCUGCUGCCGGACAACAACACGAGCGCAUGCGCCGCCGCCAGGUCGGCCUUCGGCAUUGUGCUCCGGGAGAGCUUCAAGGUCUACGACGCCUUCAUGGAAGGCCUCGACGCGAUGCUGCUGCGAUCGAGGAGCCUCGACGGGCUAAGCAAGCCCCUGAGGCUCUCGGCGAACGAGAUAAUGAGGAAGGCAAGCGCUCAGACGCCGGAGCUCAAGGAGUUCUACCACAAGUGCAAGAGGAGCAACGGGAGCAAGAGCCUCGAUUACCCUCUCGUAAGGGUGGUCACGCCGGCGCAGGCCUCGGAGAUGGAGAUGGAAUCCGUGCCGAUCCCAGAAGAGGACUGCCAGGAGAAGGAGGUAAGUGACGGUAGCGGCGGCGCGCCGUUGGUGCGCAAGAUGGAGACGACGAUCAGCACGGUGUGGGUCGAGUUCGACGACGACGACCAGCAGAUCGCUGGUGAUGGUGAUCACUCCUUGAAAGCCGUGCAGCCAAGCUAGCUAGCUCGUAGUUCUUGCAACUUCCAAGUAUGUUUAAUUUUGGGUGCUCCGGAUUGGACGGUCUCCUCUCUUCUUGAUCUUCUUCGUGUGCAAGGUUAAUUAUU